ACUCAACUCGACCUCUAUCCCCUGUUACUAGUGUGGUUUUUGACAGUGUGCUGCUGCAAUCAUGCUCAAAGCAAUAAACGAGACACAUCUCAGGCAGUUGACUGGUCUGAUUCAGAGGUUUCAGAGUACUCUGGUAGUUGCCGAGCACAAUAAUGAGACGCUGACCCCCAUCACCCUGAACGCCAUCACUGCUGCUACGAAACUCGGCAGUGAUGUGUCCUGUUUGGUUGCUGGAACAAACUGUGCAAAGGUUGCGGAGCAGUUGUCCAAUGUUCAAGGGGUGAAGAAAGUUCUGGUAGCCCAGCAUGAAGCCUACAAAGGUUUAUUGCCAGAGGAGCUGACGCCUCUCAUCUUGGCAACCCAGAAACAGUUCAGCUUCACACACAUCUGUGCGGGAGCAUCUGCUUUCGGAAAGAAUCUCCUUCCAAGAGUGGCUGCCAAGUUGGAUGUGGCUCCCAUUUCAGAUAUCAUUGAGAUCAAAUCUCCAGACACCUUUGUGAGGACCAUUUACGCCGGAAAUGCCCUCAGCACAGUCAAGUGCAAUGAAAGCGUCAAGGUGUUCACCGUUAGAGGCACUUCCUUUGAACCUGCGGCCGUGGAUGGAGGCGGCGCAUCUUCAGAGGAAGUCUCUCCGUCUGCCCCUGUUGGAGUCUCUGAGUGGCUGGAACAAACUCUAUCCAAGAGUGACCGUCCAGAACUCACCAGUGCUAAAGUCGUGGUGUCUGGAGGGAGGGGCUUGAAGAGCGGCGAGAACUUCAAACUGCUCUACGACCUCGCCGACAAACUGAACGCAGCCGUCGGUGCCUCCAGAGCCGCAGUUGAUGCUGGCUAUGUUCCCAACGACAUGCAGGUUGGACAGACUGGAAAGAUUGUGGCUCCUGAGCUGUACAUUGCGGUUGGCAUCUCUGGAGCGAUCCAACAUCUAGCUGGAAUGAAGGAUAGCAAGACCAUCGUGGCCAUCAACAAGGACCCAGAAGCCCCCAUUUUUCAGGUGGCUGACUAUGGCCUAGUGGCAGAUCUGUUUAAGGUUGUACCCGAGUUGACCGAAGCCUUGAAAAAGUGAUACUCCUCAGGAAGCUGGUACUCACCUGGAGAACUUCACUUGGAUCCUGCCUUAAGAAGCUCAGAGUCAACGCUCCACUGAUGUUCACUUCCUGAAUGUGAUUUUUCUCCAGAACACUGUGUACUUACAAUAGCUAAUGUAAACAUUAAACCACUUCUUUUAAUAAAAGAAUUAAGUGACACAAUGGCUGGAGGUUUUCUGUUUUUCAAAGUUGGGUAACAUAAUUGUUGUUGCAGUCUUUGGCUAAUUCAGGGUUGUCCAAGUCUGCGCCUGGAUACCCACUGUCCUGCUGAGUUCAGCUCCAAACCUAAUUAAACGCACCUGAGCCAGCUAAUAAGGAUCUUCAGGAUCACUAGAAACAUCCAGGCUGGUGUGUUUGAGCUAAAUUAUGCAGGACGUUGGCCCUCCAGAAGCAGGAUUGGACACCCCUGCUGUAUACUGACCUCGGUGGAGUAGAGCUCGUUUAUCCAGCAGUCGUAGAUGGCUGUCUUAUGGUGGUCUUUACAUAUUGUCUUCUAUUUGUGGAAGUAACUUGCUGUUUGUUGUAUUUUAAUAAGGUAGCUGUCUGGCCCUGGAUGUUCACUGAAGUGAUCCAAUAAACAUACUUCUGCUUGUA